GAACCUAACCGGCAGUCAGUGCCUCCCAGGGCCCCGCGCCGUCAGUCUCGUUGGUGUUGUGUCGUGUAACGUGUCCUCUUUUUCUCUCUUUUUUCUCUCUUUUUCUUCCCUUUCUUUCUUGAGCCCUCUCCCUCUCUCCUUUCUAUCCCCUUUUCCACACAGUUUUUCUUUUUGACUUGUUGUCACAAUCGACACCGUCACUGUCGGCCACGAGUGAUAAGGAAAUAAUCGCGCACACGUGCCACUUUCGACGAUAUUUACUGUUGAUGGAUGCUACGCGUCCACAAGUCUGGGGACCAGAGUCACGAUUCUUGUUGAUCGGAUAGCCUGUCCAUUCGUUCCAUUUCUCUGAAAAAUCGAAAAAAUUGGGAAAAUAAAUUGACGAAGAAUGUUUUUUUACACCUUUGGGACGAGUUUAACGAAAUAAAAAAUUUUCAAUUGUCUCAGAUUCGAGAUAAAUAUAGAUAUACUGAAAAAAUGUGAUUGAUCGAUAGGAAGAUAAUUCAUUGAAAUUUUUUUGAAUUGAAAUUACACGUUGAAUAUUAUAUCGUGAAGAUAUUUGCAUAGAUGAUCCAAAAUAAUUUAAUUAACUAGAUUGACGAAACAAAGAAUUAAACAUCGACAUUGUCGUUAAAUUAAUUUAACAAAUGUUUGAAGAAAUCGUGGAAGAAAUAAUUUGUGCCAAUAAUAACAAUAGUGAUUUUCGAUCAUUUUUGAGAGAAACGUGCGCAAAAAUCAACGAAUCGCUGAUUCGGAAGACCGCAAAAUGGCGUAAAACUAUCGUUGAAAAUGUAUAACUUCUUCAAAUCGUGCAAAUUUUUCGAUUCGAGUGUGAACGAAUAAUGUGAAAAAUUAAAAUUUCGCGAUGAGCUGGAAUGGAAUUCAUGCAACAAACGGCAAAUCCAUCACCUUAAAACUGUAAACAGUGAUUUUUAUUUUAUUUUGUGACUCGAGUGACUUCUUUGAAAAAAAAGAAACCCAAAAAGAAAACGGUCGAAGUGUUGGUUCAAGCGUCUCGAGUCUUUAGUGAAAUUCUGUAUAAAAAAGUAAGUACGGCCGACGGUCGUACUUGGCAGUAAGGCUUCAAGAUUGCUCGAAAAUCGUCGAGAGAGGUGCGCAGGGCAGGAAGAGCGAUGGAAAUCGGGGGUGCAGCAAUGCAAAGGAUGGCCGCUACUGGAGGGCCCGGGCCUCUCAGCCUUCAGGGCCCUCCAAGGUCAGUGAAAAUCUCACCCGUUAAUAUACAAGACGAACCCGGUGACCUUACUUCUCAAAAAAGCACAAGUUCGCAUUGCGUAGGAUGUGGUGGUCGAAUUCAUGAUCAAUGGAUUUUGCGAGUUGCACCGAAUCUGGAAUGGCACGCUGCUUGUUUGAAAUGUGCAGAAUGCCAGCAAUUUUUGGACGAGCACUGCACCUGCUUCGUACGAGAUGGAAAAACUUAUUGCAAGCGAGAUUAUGUUAGGCUGUUUGGGACAAAAUGCGACAAGUGCAGUGAGUGCUUUAGCAAGGAUGACUACGUAAUGAGGGCAAGGAGUAAGAUUUAUCACAUAAAGUGCUUCCGAUGUUCAGCCUGCAUGAGACAGUUAGUGCCUGGCGAUGAAUUUGCCUUGAGACAGGAUGGCCUGUUCUGCAGACAUGACCACGACGUUCUCGAAGGCGGAAAGCUCUGCUCUGGACCUGGUGGUGUUCCUGGAAGUGAAAACAACAACAACGCAUCCCUUAUGAAUAAUAAUCAUCAUCUGCAUCCCAACGACGGCUCAAUAUCAGACUCCGGAUCUGAGAGUGGAUCUCACAAAGCUGGUAUGGGUGGUACUCGAGGAUCGGGCAGCCAUAAAAGCGGCGGCGGUUCUGACGGGAAACCAACCAGAGUUCGCACCGUUCUAAAUGAGAAACAACUUCAUACUUUGAGGACUUGCUAUGCCGCGAAUCCGCGACCGGAUGCGUUGAUGAAAGAACAAUUAGUCGAGAUGACAGGCUUAAGUCCACGAGUAAUCAGGGUAUGGUUCCAGAACAAACGGUGCAAAGAUAAAAAGAAAACGAUCGCCAUGAAACAACAAAUGCAAGAAAAGGAUGGCCGUAAAUUAGGCUUUGGUGGAAUGCAUGGCAUUCCUAUGGUGGCCAGUAGUCCUGUAAGACACGAGAGUUCUAUAGGAAUGACGCCAUUGGAAGUGCAAGCUUAUCAACCACCGUGGAAAGCUCUUUCAGAUUUUGCUCUGCACACUGAUUUAGACAGGCUAGAUCCUAACACUCCUUCUUUCCAUCAUUUGGUAUCACAGAUGCACGGUUAUGAUCUUCAUAGUGGACCACCACAAUUACCUCCACCGGGAAUGCUCGGUGGACCAAUGAACGACGGUGGAGGUGGUGGAGGUGGUGGUUCUCUACCACCCCCUGGUCCACAUCAUCCCAGUGGUGGUGGUCCAGACAUGGGUCAACACCCCGACAGCACAGAUAGCUAUGUAACUUACCUCGAAAGUGACAGUGACUCUCUUCAUCAUGAUACAGGAAGUCCAUAGUGUUGUGCAGUGUGGCCAGAACGAAAGUGUCCGCUUUCUUCAUGGUCCAUUUUCAAUAAGUGCUUAAAGAGAAUUGUAGUCUGCGAGAACAAAUAGAGUGAUUGUAAAUGGCUGGAAACGAAAAACGAACAUAAAAUUUGGUUGAAAAAUUAUUUCUGAAAAAUCUUAACCCUUCGCGCUUAAUUUAAUCAUUGAAAAAAAAUACAAAUAAAAUAUUUUAUACACGAUGAUUAUACAAUUAGAUAGCAAUAAAUAAAUGAAUCAAUCAAAAGAAAGAAUAAUAUUCUUUUCAUUUAAAUUUUCGUUUUUGUUUUUGUAAAUUAAAUUUUAAAUUUAAAAUUUUUCGAAUACAAGUGAAAUAAUUUUGAAUAUAAAUAAAUUAUAGAUAGAAAAUUAGAUGAAAAUAAAAAAAAAUAUAAAAUAAAUUUUGGCUUAAAUUUGUAUUUCUGAUAAAACCGAAAUUAAAGAUCUAUAAUCAUAAGUUGUAUAAUGAUUUUUCUUGAAAAUUAAUUUUUAAAUGAAAAAAAAUUAUUUUAUGUUAUUUGCUGUAUGUUAUUAUUUUUAUAUAAAAAAUAACUUCUUAUCUAUAAUUUAUUUGUAUCUAGUUGAAAUUAACUAAUUUCAUUUGUAUUUAAAAUAUUUGAUUUGCUUAAAAAAAACUUUUAAAUUUUAUUUUUCCUUUUCAAUUUACUUUUUCAUAAAAAAUUCUUUGUUUGACUUACCAUGAAUGAACAGAACAUUUCGAGAGAAAAUUUUUCCUUUUAAAGUGUAAAUUAUUAUGCGAUAUGUUAAACAUUUUAGACAUAGAUUAAUAAAUUUUUCGAUAAAUUAAAUGUGAAAAUUAUUGAUGAUUAUUGAUUAAAUGAAUUAUUAAUCAUAAUAUAAUAAUAUUUGAAUCUCUAUCAAAAAUAAAAUUUUCAUUAUAUUUUCAUAAUAAUGUUUAACUAAAAUAAACAUGAAUAUUGAUAAAAAUUUAUUGAUAUAUAAAUAGAAAUUUGAAAUUAUAUAAAUAUUCUAAUAUCAGAUGAGAAUAUAAUAAUUUAAUUUAAUUUAUUUUCAAUUAAACAAACAAACCAAAAUUCCUGCGCAAAAGGGUUAAGACAUUAAUGUUUUUGAUAAAAAUAAAUAAAUUAUAAGUAUGAUAUAAUUUGCAAAAACAUAAACUUAAAAUAAUAAAAGUUUGAAAAUGAUUGAAAUUCAUUGAAUUAAUAAAAAAAAUUGAAAAUUAUUGAAUAAUCGGAAGAAAAGAAAAUAUCUAAAAAAUUUCGAUUAUUUUUUAGAAUGAAUGAAUAAAAUAAAUAAUUAUUUAACACAUUAUUUUAUAGAUCAUAAUUUUUGUGCUCGAUGUUUCACAAUUAUACAUUUUUAUCGUGAAUGAGAGAAAUUCGAUAAUGAAUGUAGAUCCGUUCACGAGAAAUCUCAGGUAGAAUAUGUAUAAUGAUUCAUGAACAAUAUCGAUAAUUGAAUUUGUCGAUUUAAUAAUUACUCGUUUAUUGCAAACGAUAAUGAUAUUUAAAAAAAAGCGAAAAAAUUAUAUAAAACAACGCGCUAAUAUUUUCAAAUGAAAUACACCCCUAUAAAUCGAUCCUCUGCCAAAUUGAGUAAUCGAAUAAUCGUGACAAAUUAAGAACAAAUUAUGAAUUAAGGUUGUAAGUUGAUUAUAAAUAUAUCAAAUUAAUUUACCACUGUAUUAAUGUUUCUAAAUCAUCCUUAUGCACUGGAAUUGUAAAUUGAUAAAAUUGUGAUUAUAAAUAAUUUCAAUAUGAAUGAGAAUUAAAUAUUACUUAUCAUUAGAUAUGUGAAAAUUAAUUAUUUAAUUAUUUAAUAAAUUAGAAAAACAAUUAAUUCAUUUUUUCAUUAUUUAUGCAAUUUCAGUGUAUUGUUUAUGGGUGAAGGGGUGCAAUAAAUAUAAAAAAAUUUUCUUAGGUCAAAGUGUUACGUUAACAUCGAAAGAUAUUAAUGUUUCGACAUUGAAUGAAUUAAUUUAAUGUGAUCAUAAUUCAUCAAUAUUGUAUCUGAAAUUCUGUUUUACAGCGAAAAAUGAAGUAAUUGCAUUAGAAAAUAAUAAUUCAAUUUUUGUACUUGUGAAGUUUUGAUGAUUCUUUUUUCUAAAUUUUUAUUGCAGCCAGUUCGAAUGAUCGAAGAAUGUUUUUAUCAGAAAAAGACAAAAAGAAAGAAAGAACGAUAAGAGUCAUCGACAGAGUUGAACACAUUUAUAAAUCUGCAUAAAUAAAGAAUAAAAACUUAAAUAAAAAAAAUAAAUAUUUAUUAUAAUAAAUAAAAUGUUUAUUUUGAUUUUUUUCUUUUACAAUACAAUCUUUAUUCCCUUCGAAUUAAAACAACUAAAAGAUAUGAAAUAUUUUUAUUUGAAAAAUAUUGUUUUUAAUUACUAAUUUUUAUUUUAAAACUGUAUUAUAUAUAUAUUUUAAUAAUUCUAGUAAUUCUAAUUAUAUUUAUUAAUAUUAUUAUAAAAAUUUGAAAUUAUCACAAAUUGUGAAAAAAAAAUUAUAAAAUAAAUCUAAGAAAUUUAUUUUGCAUUUUAAAUGCAAAAAAUAAUUAACAUAUGAGACAUAAUCUGAAUGUGAUUAAAUGCAAUUUAUUUUAAUUAGCUAAAUAAGAUUUAUAAAAUUUGUUUUAUCGCUUUCAAAAUUAUUUUUCGUAUAUAUGUACGGAAACGCGUUUUAAUAAAAAAUUACUAUCUGGAAAAAUAUAUUUCUAUAUAAAUAUAAUAUAAAAAUGAUUAAAUUUUAAUUUCUUACUGUUUUAAAGAUAAUGUGAUUUAUUUAUCUUAAACUUGAUAAUUCAUUAAUUAUUAUUAUAUUAUUUAUCAAUUAUUUUAAUUAAUUAUUUUCAAUUAUAUCAGAUCUUCAAUAAUAGAAUUUAAAAUUAAUCUUAAUACUUAUCAUGUCAAAAAUAUAAAUUACUUGUUUUAUUAUGUAUACUAUAAAUACAUAAAUAAAUACUAAAGAAUAAAAAAAUAUUCAACUCUGUUCUUGACUGCAUCGUUGUAAACAAGAAAGUGACCAUUUCAUAUUGUAAAUAUGUGUCCAGUAUAAACUUCGAAUCACAAUGUACCGCCAGAUGCAGCUAAUUCAUAAUGUCGAAUACACGAAUAGCCGAGUCACAUAUAAAGAAUUUAAAAAAACAUAAAAAAUACAAAUAAUAUUGAUGAUAGCACAUUAUCUUCCGAAUUAUGUUGGAACAAAUCAUAUUGUAAACGCAGGUAUGUACAUUCAAUUAAUACCAAAGUGUGCGAAGUUUCAUGCGAAUACAGAAACGCAUUGAAUUGUAAAUAUCUUCACUAAUCCUUCCCUUCUUCCUGCUUCUAUCCUCAUUGUCGCUAAUUAAUGGUUCGUUUUAGUGAUGAUUUGUUUAAAUAUUUGUAUACAAUCGUUCUACCACUGUUCCUUUUGUAAUGUAUAUUUCAAAAGGGAGAACACCGUAGAGCUAACGUUUUCGUAAUCUAUUCGAAUCGUCUUCGAAUUUGUAUAAUAUUUCUAUACCGGCGCGCACAUAAUAAACUAUCCAAUUAAA